AUGGGACAAUAUCAGAUCAUUACGGGGGAAAGGAGAAAAGAUGAUAUUUCGGCAGAUAAAUGGGUUAAUUACUUUUGUAAUUUAUUUCAGUCUAAUCUACCAGAAUCAGUGACCACAGGGCAUAAUUUGGAUGAUGACUUAAUAGACUCCUCUCUAAACAUGCCAAUUACUGAAGCGGAAAUUCGAGCUGCCAUCCAAAAACUAAAAACCCCCAAAACACCGGGGAUGGAUGGAUACCAAUUGAUGAGACAACCAGAUUUUAAGCACAUGUAUGAGAUGAUAGAUAAAUACAGCAGAGAUGCUGCAUUGGCAGCAUUGGUUGGAAAAGACGGCAGACAAAUGGAUCAACAAGCCCAGGAUGGUCAUUUCUUUAGAAUACUUGCUAGAAUGAUGACUGAAGUCUGCAUGACAAGAGGAUUAUCACAACAAAAAGAAGUCUUGAAAAAGGUUCACAAAUGGUAUAUGGCAAAUCGCAGUGUGUUGAAUUGUUUACCGCAUUUUGGUAGUGAUAGGCGAAGCAAGACAAAUAAGACUGUUUUGAGAUUUGCGCCAGAUGUCAUUGCUCAUUAUACAUCGCCAAGGACCCCGUCUAGCAUUAAUAAGCCAAAACGAGAGGAUGAGCUUGAUAUAGCUGUUCAGAAAGUCUCACUUGCAAAUAAAGAUAAAGAAACGAAGAGCACCACAAGUUAUGCGAAUGAUAAGAUCAAAAUCGGUGAAAACCGUCAAACUGGUCUGAAAAGACCAACGACUGCACCGCCUGUAUUGGAAAGGUCAAAGCCUGCAUUUGGUGAGAUGAAAAGUUCAGAAUUUCAAGGAGCCAGUUUUACUGGGCAGUAUGUGGCUCACAACCUUGUACCCAAACCACCCAGACCAGCUAGUGCUGUUAGUAUUAUGAGAAUGUCAAGUAAAUCACCCUAUGGGGACAAGAUGCCAUUUAUGAAAGAGAUAUCGAAAGAUGAGAAACCUACUCGUCCUGAGACUGCAAGUUCAAUUGGUUCAUCCAUAUCAAUAAAUCUACCGUCUUCCAAUGACCACUCACCUCACAUUUCAAAAGUACCAAAACUUAUACCCAAAGGAAUGACAGUUGCUGAAGUCAUUAACCCAACAGCACAACUUUUAUUAGAAGAAGAAAAUUAUGACACUGAUGGAUAUUCACCUGAUUCUAGAUCUUCUUCUGCAGUCAGACGGUUACAAGUCAGUGUACCAACAGAUGAAGCUACAAUGACCCCCAAACAUGCGUCUCCAACACCGGAAGAAAAAAAGGCAGCGAAUUUGAAGGCCUGGGAAGAAUUCAAACAAAAACAAAGUUAUGGACAGGAUUUCAUUGGUCGGUUACAAUUUUACGGCCGUAGUGGAACUCCUCACGGUAUACGAUAUAGCUCACAUGAAGCGUGUGAAAAACCUGAAUACUACACGGAUGAAGUUAUUGCAAGCUAUGCCGUACAAAGUGAAGACACUGUAUCUAAAGAUAGUGAUGACCAUGAUAGAAUUACAUACCAAUCUUUGGAGAAUUUCUACAAAGAAACAGAAACAUAUUGUAUGGAUCCAAAACAGAGAGGACAAACACCACCGGUUAAACUACGUCAUAAUGUACCGACAGACCCUGUAUCUGUGCAUGUGCCAAGCGAACUGACUCAAGAUGCUAGAAUAAAGAGUGCAAUUGAACAAUACAAAAGACAUCCUAGUGUUAAGUUUGACACUAUUGUUGACUUAACAGAGACUGUCCGAGAACAUAUGGAAGAGUCCAGAGAAAAGAUUGCACCAGAUGCUAAGUAUGGUUACCAUCAGCCAGCCAUGGCACUACAUAAAAGACCAAGCACGGCACCGGAUAGGAUAAUGAGUACUCCGGUACCACCCAAUAGUGACAGACCAUCAUCAGCAAGCUCUAUCAGUUCUGAGAGUAGUUCAAGAAACCAGAAAGGUGAACCUGUUGUAUUGCUACCUGAUAGAUCUGAAUACAGCAUGCAUGCCAGAAGUGCAAGGGAAACAAACUUGAAUCACAUCAAGACUAGUGGUAAAACACAGCCAGAUACUACGAGAUACAAGAAGCCAGAUUCUGCAAGGAAGAAUUUGAGAACUGCAGGAUCUGUACCAAUGCCUAGUAGACCAACUACAUGCACUGCUACACCCAGAGAAAGAUGGACCACUCCAAGGGAGAGUACUAGCAACCAAAGGGUGAAUCAAGCUGCUAGUCACAUGACUACAUCUGUUGAUAGUGAACUUGUGGCUAAGAUGGUGAUGGUAAACCACCUCGGAGGUGAACAGAAUAGAAGACCCCGAAGUAGAAUGGGAAGAAUGCCAGGUGUGAGUGGGUUUGAAGCAGAACUUCCGAGAUUACCACCAACAUUACAGUUCCUGUCUAUCUCUGGACCAGUUCAUAUUAAAGUCAAAGGACAAGAAGACAAUGAAUCUAUGCCAGCAGGUCCACCACAAUCACCAAAGGAAAACAACUCUGUUGCACCCAGUGUGACGUCCAGCAGAGACAACCUGUCAUUCAACAGUUUUUCAGGUCAAAGCUCUGGGACUCCAUUCUUUGAUGAUACACCAAGAUUUGAUGAGAUAUUGUCUAGUCUCGCUACAACACCCAGAUGUGAGAGUAGUAGAAUGGAAAAUGUCACUGAGACAACAAGCAGUGAAGAGAAAGGACCAGAGGGAAUGAGUGACAACGUAACAAGCAGUGAAGAGAAAGGACCAGAGGGAAUGAGUGACAACGUAACAAGCAGUGAAGAGAAAGGACCAGAGGGAAUGAGUGACAACGUAACAAGCAGUGAAGAGAAAAGACCAGAGGGAAUGAGUGACAACGUAACAAGCAGUGAAGAGAAAAGACCUGAGGAAAAGAGUGACAAUGAAAUCAUAACAAAUUUGGAUGAAAAUAAGACCACUGAAAAGUCACCUCAGAUUACAAUAGCGGAUGAUAUAACUAUGAUGACUGAACCAGAUAAACAAGAAUCAGAAAAUAUCAAACUUAUGUCUGGAGGUUUACCUCUGAGUACUUCCAAUGAUGAUGUAACAAAACAGAGUGAGCAAGAUGAGGGAGAAACCGCAAAAAUCAAAAUUAUGCAAGCAACUGACAGAUUGAAAGCAGAUGAUAGGGGGAGGAAAGAAAAUGAUGAUCAACAAACAAACAAAUCAUUGACAGAAAACUUUGAAACUGAUGAAAACAAAAGGAAUAUUGAUAACAAUGAGGAAAGACGUAACAAUCAAACAUUUGAAGGGUACUGUAGUGAUGACAAUGAUGUUACCAUGGUGAUAUAUGAUGAAGAUGGACCUAUGCAUUUGAGUGGUCAUCCAGUGUCAUUCAAUCAUCAUUCAGGUUCCAGUGGUUUCAGCAGGUGUAAUUCUCCUAGAAGUGUAUAUAGUGAAAAAAACACAACAACAACUGGUUAUCAUGGGAGACAAUCUGGUUACCAUGGUAACACCCCUGCAUCAACUUUACAGUUACAAUACUCGUCAAUUCACAUACCCAUAACCCCGGCACCAAGAUCGUCAUCCUCCUCCCGGCCCAACAGUGCUGCAAGCCAAAAAUACAUAGCGCAACAAUCACUCCGUCCAAGCUCAGCCCAAGUACAGAGAACCAUUGAAAGGCAUAGACCAGUCCGUCCAGUAUCAGCAUAUGCAAAGUUUAAUGGACAAACAUUGGAGGGUAGAAAAUCCAAACUCAAUAACCGAGCAUCAUCAUCUGUUACAUCUAGAACCAAAGGUCCAGAAUGGAAAGGAAGACCAUUACCAAUGUAUGGAGCCCCUCAAGAUAAGAUUAUUCCAUUGCAAAGAAAGGAAAAUUACGAAAAAUACUGCCGAGGCUGGAGAGCAAGAAAAAUAUUUGAAAAGGUUAAAGAGAAGGCUUUACAGCAUUGCUCCACCUUAAAAGAGUUCAUUGACCUAUAUAACAGCAUGCUAAAGAGAAUAAUGAAAAGACAUCGAGUUAAAAAACCUAAGAUAAGGUUAAAUAUGUAUGAGAUGGAAGAAUUUAUGGACAGGAAGAGAAUGUAUGAAAGCAAAUUUGACCAGUUAGCUUAUCCCGGAGACGAGUUGGAAAUCCAUGAAUUAUCAACGUACUUUAGAGAAUGUGGUUUGUACCCUGGUGAGAGAGAAUAUUUAGAUUUCUUGAGAUUGGUCAUUAAAAGUUUAACUUUGAGACCAGAGAAUCCAUGA